AUGGCUAUGGUCAAGGAGCUCAUGGCAUGCUUUCGAUCAGUGAAGGUGGAGUAUGUUCCUCGGGCCAGGAAUGUAAAAGCGAAUCUCUCGUCCCGAAUCACCUCGUCUUCCUUCCCGAUGAGCUCUCAGGAGAUCCGAAUUGAGUCUCUACCACAGAAGAGCAUCGAAGAGUCUGCCAAGCAACUAUGCCUUGAGGACGAGCCUAGUUGGGUGGAUCCUUUGCUAUUAUACUUAAAGGAGGGAAAACUUCCCGAUGAUGAGUUGGAAGCUCCAGAAGUCAGGAGGAAGGCCCAAAGCUUUUUACUAGUCAAUGUGGAACUUUAUAAGAGGUCAUUCUUGCAGCCAUUGCUCAAGUGUAUCCAACCCUUUGAAGCAGACUAUAUCCUAAGGGAAGUCCAUGAAGGCAUAUGUGGAAGCCACAUUGGGGCCCGGACCUUUAGCCAAAAAGAUGUUCAACAAAGGUAUUAUUGGUCGGCGAUGGUGAAAGACUCGGAGCACCUGGUUAGGACCUGUGAUAGAUGCCAAUGA